UGGGAACGACAGAAAAGAGAGGGCUGUGCUGAGCGAGGAUUAGUCGACUGCGAGCAUCACAGGGGCUUUCAUCUGAGCUGCGUAGUAGGAACCACUGCAAUAGUCCAGACACAGGGACAGCUAUCUACAGCAUCAAAAUAAAUACCUAAAGCAAAGAAAAUACAGGUGAACCAGGUGGUGCGGGCAGCCAGGGUCAAUAUUGUGAAUAAAGCGAAGGAGCCUACAGACUUAGGACAACAGAGUCAUCAUGACUCAGGGCAAGCUGUCGGUGACAAACAAAACAAACCAUGGCUCUACUGCAGAGACCAUGCCCCCAGCCCCUCCAACUUAUGAGGAGGCCACUGCAGAAGGCAGUCCUUCCUACAGUGGGGCUUACCCUGGCGAUGGAGAGAUGCUUACAGAAUUUAACUGGGAUGACAAGAACAUUAGAAGGGUGUUCAUUCGCAAGGUGUAUGCUAUAUUGAUGAUUCAGCUCUUGGUUACCCUAGCCAUUGUGUCUGUGUUCACUUUCUGUGACCCAGUGAGGGGGUACAUUCAAGCCCACCCUGGCUGGUACUGGGUGUCUUAUGCUGUGUUCUUUGUCACAUAUCUGACCCUGUCCCUCUGCUCAGGACCCAGGAGACAAUUUCCUUGGAAUCUCAUCAUGUUGACAAUCUUUACUCUGUCUCUCUCCUAUAUGACAGGAAUGUUGGCCAGUUAUUACAACACCAAGUCAGUCGUGUUAUGCCUGGGAAUCACAGCUCUUGUGUGCCUUUCUGUAACAGUCCUCAGUUUCCAAACCAAGUUUGAUAUCACUUCAUGUCAAGGUGUGCUGUUUGUAUUCAGCAUGACUAUGCUUAUUGGUGGGCUGGUUCUGGCCUUCGUCCUCCCCAUGGGCUAUGUUCCCUGGUUGCAUGCUGUCUAUGCAGCUUUAGGAGCAAUCCUGUUUACCAUGUUCCUCGCAUUCGACACCCAGCUAUUGAUGGGCAACAAACGCUACGCCCUAAGUCCAGAGGAGUACAUCUUUGCCACCCUCAACAUCUACACGGAUAUCAUCUACAUCUUCUCCUUCUUCCUCCAGCUGUCUGGCACAGAGAGGAACUGAGAUAUCUUGUUGUGGCAUCCAAUUGUACAUCCUGUAAUGCAAUUCCUGUGGUCCACACCUUCUUAUCCCUCAAAGUUACAGUGACCCUGUUCUCUCCAGCAUGAUAUGUGUAGUACACUGUCUUGUGUGUUUAGCUCUCGUGCUGACAUCCCUCCAGACCUGACAUGUCACUCACAUGUAGGGUGGCUGGGGUUACAUUAAUUGGUUUUAAAGGGGACCCUAAAUAUAAUAGCUUCUCUUGUCAGUGGACUCACAUACUGGGGUACUACUUGAAGUGUAUGUUCAUCUAAAGAUUGUGCAACAGCAUUCUUGGAAUCACUUUAAACCUUGAUGUCAUAUGGGGCUUAUCAUGGUGUUGGAAAAACAAAGUCAUUCCUUUAAUUUCGUGACACUGCAUGAAUUCAUGGGUACCUCUGUGCAAUACAACAGCUUACAAAAAAGAGAGAGUUACAGAAGUAAACACCAUCGUGAAAUGGUAGCUUAGUCUCCAGCCUUCCAUCUGCACAGUGUUUUGUAGUACAUUUGCUCUAAGUGCAUGUAGACUAGAGUGGAUGUCAAGAGAAUCAUCGGGUAUGAUGUUUAAUGACAGUCUCUGUGGCUGCUAUGGGUUAACCAACAAACUACAUUUGCUAAACUGCACUUUAACUGUUACUGUGUUGUUCUCAGUUGCCUUCACUGCCCCACAGUCGACACCCCCUGUUUCCCUAAUAUGAAGUGUUGGUAGCCUAGUCCUUCUUUUAUGUGCAUUCUCUAUUAAAAACAAGACUAAUGUAGGUUUACAGAAGUUGAUUACUAAGGAAAAGCUGAGCAUGGUUGGGAAUAUUGCAUGUGGCCAGUGCCUCUUGGAGGAUGCUUUUGGCUCCUCUG